AGUAGAACUCCUCAGAACAGUAGGUAAGCCUCACUCGACCAUUAUCUGGACAUGAUAUUUUCCUGAGAAGUACAGAAAAUUUUCAAAUAAAUUUAGAUAUAUAAGGUGACAGUAACACAGUGUAUAUAGUGUUUGUUUUAGAUAGAAAAAUAAGUUGUAGGCUUUUAGGAUAUCUCUUUUGUCAGCUUAAAUUAAAUAUCACAUUGUUGUAGUUUCAUUACGGCGUUAUGUUAUUGAAUAAUUUGUACAUAUACAUGUGAUUAUAGUUUUUAUAUUAAAAUGAGCAUCUCAUUAAUCUCCAGAGCAUGAAAUCUCAUGAUGUUUGAAUAGAUAGGUGUAGUGGUGAAAAAUAUUCCUAUCUUAGGGCUAACACUGGGAUACCCCUUAUCUCUACGUCUGGCGAAAUCAUCCAUGAAUUAUCUACAAAAAUUUCAGCAUCAUACACCUUAGACAGAAAGAUAACUACUUUUCAUUAAUUUAGCGCACUUCUGAUGUUUUAGAGAGCCGAACAUUCCUUAGUCUAAUUCCAAAAAAUAUCCCUCUAAAGUAGAGAGAUGUCUUCAAAUAAUGGUCUGUUUUCUCAGUAUCUGUUCGUUUGUUACGUUUAUUUCCUUUGAACGUCGCGGUUAUUUCACCUUUAAAAGGCAUAUCUCAAUUUUCAGAGAAAAGAACUAAAGAUUGGCUUUCACUUCAAAUAUUUUCAAUUAUACCUAGAUUUAGGUGGAAAUAAGAAACGAGAUGAAAUCGGAAGUGACAUAUAUUUUAGUCCAUGGACAAAAGGAACUGGAACAUUCGGUCGUGUCAUUGUAGUUCACGAUAAAUGUUCGCAACAAUAUUAUGCACUAAAAAUACUAAUCAUUGAAGAAUUGGUCAGAUUAAAACAAGUGGAACAUGUUAAAAACGAGAAAUCUAUAUUAAUGCAGUUGAAUCACUCAUUCAUUGUAAAACUGCACUGGACAGGACAUGAUGCGAAAUUUUUGUAUAUGUUGUUUGAAUAUGUCUGCGGCGGAGAACUGUUUAAAUAUCUUCGAGAAGUUGGACAUUUCUCAUCACAAACUACAAAAUUUUAUACGAGCGAAAUUAUUUUAGCGCUUAGAUAUUUGCACAGUUUACAAAUUGUUUAUCGAGAUCUAAAACCAGAAAAUCUUCUUCUGGAUUCUUCUGGCCAUUUGAAGAUGACUGAUUUUGGGUUCGCGAAGCAUGUCAAGGACCGCACGUAUUCCCUAUGCGGUACACCUGAAUAUUUGGCACCGGAAAUUCUUCAGGGAAAAGGACAUAAUCAAGCGGCUGAUUGGUGGGCUACAGGAAUUAUUAUUUAUGAAAUGCUUGUUGGUCGUCCACCGUUCUAUGAUGAGGAUGAUAACCGAUUGCACAUAUAUCAGAAAAUAAUAACUGGUGACUUUGAGUUUCCCAAUGAAAUAGAUGAUGAAGAUGCUAAAGAUAUCGUCAGAGGAUUUCUACGCAUAGAUUUUAACGAAAGACUGGGUGGCUCUAAAAACGAUAUCCAUGAGAUAUUAAACCAUCCUUGGUUUUCUGAUAUUUCCUGGAAUGAUGUUUUGCACAAAAAAUUAAAGCCUCCAAUCAUACCAAAUGUACAAAGUGACGGUGAUACACGCUGUUACGAACAAUAUUAUGAGCAAGACUGGUCUGAAAUCCCAUUGUCCAGCAUGGCCUCACGAAGUCUCUUCAAAGAAUUCUGAUGUCGUCAGAUGGUUUCUAAUACAAAACAGUGGGACGGAAUGCUAAAGUAAUAUCUGUCAUUUUGUUAUGAUUUCAAAAAUUAAAGAAAUAUGAAGAAGUAUACCAAAAUAUGUAUCACUGUAAAACUCUUAUCCUGAAUAAUGUGUAAUCUCGUUCUUUUUCCGGAAUCAGUCUUAACUUCAACAUGAAACUCCUGACUUGCAGACAUUUUCAAGUUAAUUGUCAUGCUAGUUAUUAAAGUAUUUUCUUACACCAUAUCCUGUUUUAACACAAUCUGACAAUAUAAAUAUAUAUAUAUAUAAAGUGAUUCUCUUUAUUCCUUUUUUGUCAUAGACUCUAGUUUUUAUUUUCCAAAUUGCUUGGACAAUCUCACUCAGUUGCUUUCAAAUAACGUGUUUACACAUUUUUUAUAAAAUACUUAAAUCAUUUUCUCGUUACAACACUACGUAUUCGUCAGCGUUAGUGCAUGAUAUUGGUUAAUGUAUUAUAUAUAAAACUAGAACCUUUUAUUUCUAACAAACCUUGUUCUUUCAAUGAUUAUAAAAAGUUACAGUACACUACCUUAGUCUUUUAAUACAAACCCCUGUAUGUUAUAAUAUUUGUGUGUGUGUACAGAAUUAUGCUUCUUCAGUUGCCCAUAUAUAUUCUUUCAAAGUAUUUGAGGCAAUCAAGUGAAUUAUUUACAAAUUAAUGUCUUUUUUUUUAUUAUCAUUUAACCAAUUUAUUCUUGAUAUUUCCGGUGUCCAUAAGAUUUUGCACAAUUUUCACAUAUUGAAAUUGAAUAAAUUUAUGCAUUUAAGAUUGAAAUUGGGUUGUACAUUAAUUAAUUUUGUCAUUGUAAAAGAGAAUUAUAAUCAAAAAAUUGUUGUACCAUCGCCUUUUUUAAAUCAUUACUGAUGUGACAAUAACUACAGUUUUAUUUGUUUCCUUACUACGUGAAUAAUUGAUUAUAAUGACAUUCGAUCCACGCGUUGUUCAUUGUAGUAGACUAGAUACAAUAAGAAUAACUAAAGUGCAACUGAAAGACUUGUUGUAGUGUUUGAUAUGAAUAAAUAGUUCUUACUGC